AUGCAUUUCCUUUCUACUGCCGUGGUCCUUGGUGCCUCAUUGGUAUCGAAGUCACACGCAGCAAUCGGUCCUGAUUGUAUCAAUGGUCCCUUAAGUACCAAUGCGAUUUGCGAUGUCAAUGCGUCUCCUCACGAGAGGGCAGCGGCUCUAGUUGCAGCUAUGGAGUCGCAAGAAAAGCUGGAUAACCUCGUCAGUAAAUCCAAGGGUGUGCCAAGAUUAGGUCUUCCAGCGUAUAACUGGUGGGGCGAAGCUCUUCACGGUGUAGCUGGAGCGCCAGGAAUCAAAUUCGUCGAACCUUAUAAAAACGCUACUUCGUUUCCUAUGCCGAUCCUUAUGUCGGCGGCUUUUGAUGAUGAUCUUAUUUUCAAAAUUGCCAACAUCAUCGGGAACGAGGCUCGAGCGUUCGGAAAUGGUGGAGUCGCUCCUGUGGACUAUUGGACCCCUGACAUCAAUCCCGUUCGCGAUAUACGAUGGGGCCGAGCCAGUGAAUCCCCCGGAGAGGACAUUCGACGAGUCAAAGGGUACACCAAGGCUCUCCUUGCUGGUCUCGAGGGCGAUCAAGCUCAAAGGAAGAUCAUUGCAACAUGUAAACACUAUGUCGGUUACGACAUGGAAGCUUGGGGAGGAUACGAUAGACACAACUUCAGCGCCAAAAUCACCAUGCAAGACCUCGCAGAGUACUAUAUGCCGCCAUUCCAGCAAUGUGCGCGUGAUUCGAAGGUCGGGUCAUUCAUGUGCAGCUACAAUGCAGUCAACGGCGUUCCAACAUGCGCUGACACCUACGUUCUUCAAACCAUUCUGAGGGACCACUGGAACUGGACGGAUAGCAAUAACUACAUUACUAGUGAUUGUGAAGCCGUUGCAGAUAUCUCUGAGAACCACAAAUACGUCGAAACCCUUGCGCAAGGCACCGCACUUGCUUUUGCCAAGGGCAUGGAUAUCAGUUGUGAAUACAGUGGAUCAUCAGAUAUCCCAGGAGCUUGGGCACAAGGUCUUCUGAAUCUUUCCGUCAUCGACACAGCAUUGACUCGACAAUAUGAAGGCCUAGUCCAUGCCGGUUACUUUGACGGCGCGAAGGCGACUUACGCAAACUUGAGUUAUAAAGACAUCAACACGCCUGAAGCGCGAGAACUAUCCCUGCAAGUUACCUCUGAAGGCUUGGUCAUGCUGAAGAACGACCACACACUUCCCUUACCUCUCACGAAGGGAUCCAAAGUGGCCAUGAUUGGUUUCUGGGCGAACGACUCUUCCAAACUUCAGGGAAUCUACAGCGGUCCACCUCCUUACCGGCACUCCCCAGUAUUUGCUGGUGAACAAAUGGGAUUAGAUAUGGCCAUAGCCUGGGGUCCGAUGAUUCAGAACUCAAGUGUGCCCGACAACUGGACCACCAACGCACUCGAUGCGGCUGAGAAAUCCGACUAUAUUCUCUACUUUGGUGGUCAAGACUGGACAGUGGCGCAAGAAGGCUACGAUCGCACUACAAUCAGUUUUCCUCAAGUGCAAAUUGACCUUCUUACCAAACUAGCUAAACUUAGCAAGCCGCUUGUGGUCGUCACACUUGGUGAUAUGACUGAUCACUCCCCUCUCUUGGACAUGGAAGGCGUCAACUCAAUCAUCUGGGCGAAUUGGCCUGGCCAAGAUGGUGGUCCAGCAAUACUAAACGUCAUUUCCGGUGUGCAUGCCCCUGCAGGUCGUUUGCCAAUAACGGAAUACCCGGCAGAUUAUAUCAAGCUCUCUAUGCUUGACAUGAACUUGCGACCGCAUGCCGAAAGCCCCGGUCGUACUUAUCGCUGGUUCAAUGAGUCCGUCCAGCCAUUCGGUUUCGGUCUACACUACACCACUUUUGAGGCCAGUUUUGCUAGCGAAGAAGAUCUCACCUACGAUAUCCAGGAAAUCCUGGAUGACUGCACACAGCAGUACAAGGAUUUGUGUGAGGUUGUACCAUUGGAGGUCACCGUAGCAAACAAGGGUAACCGAACAUCGGAUUUCGUCGCUCUCGCUUUCAUCAAGGGCGAAGUUGGACCUAAGCCAUACCCACUGAAGACUCUUAUUACAUAUGGGAGGCUCAGAGACAUCCAUGGGGGCGCGAAGAAGUCAGCGUCGCUUCCGCUUACACUUGGAGAAUUGGCUAGAGUGGAUCAAUCAGGCAACACCGUUAUCUAUCCCGGCGAAUACACACUGCUCCUCGACGAGCCUACCCAGGCUGAGUUGAAGUUGACUAUUACGGGUGAAGAGACGAUUCUGGACAAAUGGCCUCAGCCACCAAACGGAGGCAAUCGGACCAUGUUUUGA